AAAAAAAAAAGCCGACUGUGUGCCGCUAAGCUGGCGCAUAACCCACCCACCCAUCUCCCCCUCCCCCUGUUCCUCUGUGACCUGGGUGUGUGGUGAGGAGUUUGAGGACAUCUGGUGGUUGAAAACAAACGGUGUUAUCCUAUUAGAUUGUGUUUGAGCAAAUACUGUAGUGAAAAUUCUUACACCAGGUUUAUUGUGGGGAUUUUUAAAAAAGAAUAUGUAAUUUUCUCUUAUAUACUUUUCUACUUUAAUAAUGAGUUACCCCCCGCCCCAAGGCUAUUUCGACCCGUGUGUCGCUCCUAACUAUAGGGAACCAUUUUUGUCUGUUCUCUUCACAACGUUAUCUAGAAAGGUGCACAUCUUUAAGAUCUCUAAUAAUGAAAUAAUUGUUUUGAAAAAACUGUGUUGAUGGUGGCUCAGUGAACAUCUAACUUGGUUUGUUCUCAGAUGAACAACAAGUUGAGGAAGGAUGUCGAGGUUGAAGGAAGAAAAGAAGCAAAGACUAAGUCACAGCCAGAAAGUGUUGAUGACAGUGUUGAUUUCUAUUCACGCUUCCCCCCCUCCCAAUUAACACGUCACGUUUGUGCUGCGUGCGUGCGUGCGUUUCGGUCGGCCUGCGGUCAGGUUGGUCGCUGACCCUGGGCCGAGUUUUGCAAAUGUAUGACCUCACAGUUUUUCGGAGAAGCCAAUUUUAUCCAAAAAGUGUCAGAAAAAAAUGAUAUGGAAGUCCCCUUUUCUCAGUUUCUCAUCAGCUCGACACAAGUCACAGGCAGUGACAGCCAAGAUGCUUUUGGACGGGCAGACAAAAUGCGUGUGCGCGCGCGCAUUCCCCAGUGACCUGAUGCGUCCAGGUUGAGGCUGUCGCUGAGUCAGGACUUUACCUUUUCUCCUUGGGUGUGCAGUCGGGUCAGCUUUUUGUUUUGUCUCGUCAGGAUUUUAAUGAUGCUCAAACGUUGCGCGCGGACAGACUGUUUUCUCUCUUGACACGCCAACGACAUGCUAAGAACAUGCUGCAGGACAUCAAAAAGGGAGGCCCUUCCCAUCUUGAUGGGUUGCCAACUAAAGAAGGUCAUUCAUUGUCAGACAUAAGCAGCACAGCAAAACGCCACGCUAAAAAAGAAGUCAAAACGGCUUACCUCUUCGUCCUCUGUAGGACCAUGGCCCCCGACACAAUGUUUACAACAUAUGACGCGUGUCUACUGGGACAAGGUCCGGACUGCGAUCUGGUCCAGUCCAAAGACGACGACUUGGACUGGGAGCGAGGCCCUCCGCCGGCGCCGAGGGACGCCUGGAUGCCGGAAGGCUCCUCCCCUUUCUUGUUCGUGAACACGAGCGGUCGCGGCGCCGGAAAGGGCGCCCGUCUUCUGGUGCCGCCACUGAAAGAGAACGACACUCACUGCAUCAACUUCUUGUUCUAUCAAGACGCCGAGCUCAACGUCUACGUCAAAGAAAACAACAGCCCGCCGGGCUUUCCCGUCUUCAACUCGUCCGGACACGAGGGACGCACGUGGACCUCGUUGGAGCUGGCCGUGUCCACCUUCUGGCCCAACCUCUACCAGGUGAUGUUUGAGGCGGUAAGCGGCGGGCGCGGAGGAGGCGUGGCCAUCAAAGACCUCUCGCUGCAGGGACACCAGUGCGCGAGUGCGCCUCACUUCCUGCACAUCAAAGGCGUAGAGGUCAACGCGGGGCAGGCGGCCGUCUUCUCCUGCACGGUGAGCGGUCGCCCGCGCGGCGACGUGAGCCUCUACCUUCAGGGCGCUAGCGGUCGCCGCGCCGUCGCCGCCGAAACCAAGCCCAUCAACCCGCGGCGUUACGUGGCCACCUUCCACGUGGACAACACCACCAAAGAGGACUCGGGGCGCUACCGCUGCAUCGGACGAUCGGAUCGCGGCGUGGGCGUGUCCUCCUACGCCGACCUCACCGUCAAGCAGCCCCCCGUGCCUAUCGCGCCGCCUCAGUUGACGGCGGUGGGCGCCACCUACCUGUGGAUCCAACUCAACGCCAACUCCAUCAACGGCGACGGCCCCAUCGUGGAGCGCGAGGUGGAGUACCGCACCACGGCGGGCGUGCUGAUCGACACCACGCCCGUGGACAAGGCCACUCACAAGAUCGGCCACCUGGACCCCGACACCGAGUACCUGAUCAGCGUGCUGCUCACGCGCCCGCUAGAGGGAGGCACGGGGAACCCCGGGCCGCCGCUACGCGCCCGCACCAAGUGCGCAGAGCCGCUGCACGGUCCGCGCGGCCUACGCGUGGCGUCGGUGCGCUCCAGGGAAGUGACGCUGCGCUGGGACGCGUCGGGCUACGACGUGACGCGCUGCCACAGUUUCAACGUGACGCUGCUCUACCGCUACCGACCUGAGGGGGAGGAGCGACGAGAAGCGGUCUACGAGGCGCGGGCCGCCGCGCCGCAACACACCCUGCGCGGGCUCACGCCCUUCACCAACGUCAGCAUCCGGCUGGUCCUCAGCAACCCCGAAGGAAGUAAAGAAAGCCAGGAGAUGGCGGUGCUGACGGACGAGGACGUUCCCGGAGCGGUUCCGGCGGCGUCCGUCGAGGGCGCCAGCUACGAGCAGCGCAUCCGAGUCAGCUGGGCGCCGCCGCUGCAGACGUUCGGCCGGAUCCGCCAGUACGAGGUCUCCUUCAAAGCCCUGAGUUCCUUCGACUCGGACGUGGACCUGAGCAACCAGAGCGGGAAGGUGCUGAAGGCGGCCAACGAGAGCAGUCACGUGUUUAGCGGCCUCUUUCCGGGCUCCACCUACUCCUUCACCAUCAGGGUGGCCACCGCCAAAGGCUUCGGAGCGCCCGCCGUGGCUCGGUUCACCACCAAGAUCUCAGCUCCCGUCAUGCCCGCGUACGAACGGCAGCCGCCCAUCAACCAGAGCGACGUCACCGUCAGCGUACUGCUGCGACCGGCGCGCAGCCGCGGCGCCCCCGUCAGCAAAUACCAGGUGGUGGUGGAGGAAGAGCGCCCCCGCAGGCAGACGAGAGGCACGGCGGAAAUCCUCCGCUGCUAUCCGGUCCCGAUCCACUUCCUGAACGCCACGCAGCUCAACUCGCACUACUACUUCAGCGCCGAGCUGGCCGUCGGCCACGUCCGCGAGCCCACGCCGUUUUGCGUCGGUGACAACGGCACCUACGGCGGCUUCUGGAACGUCCCUCUGCUGCCUCACAAGAGUUACGCCAUCUACUACCAGGCGGUCAGCAGCGCUAACGGGGAGACAAAGAUCGACUGCGUCCGCGUGGCCACCAAAGCCGCCAUCAUCAGCACACAGCUGAGCACGCCGCAUGCCGGCUUUGGCCUCCGAGGGGCGGGCGCCGCCGCCGCCGGCGACAAACAGCUCACAGGCACGGCCACCGGGAAACCGGAACCGGAUCAGGAGAAGCGGUCGGACCGCACGGUGAAGAUCGCCGGCGCCGCGGCCGGCGUCUUGCUCUUCAUCAUCCUCUUCCUCGGGGCCGUCCUCCUCAUGAAAAAGCGGAAGCUGGCAAAGAAAAGGAAGGAAACGCUCAGCUCCAGACAGGAAAUGACUCUGAUGGUCAACAGUUCCCAGCACGCAACAAUGCUGGACACGCACGCACACACGCUCAACGGACACACCGCGUCAUCUUUCACCCUGAAGACAAACAGCAGCACCAUUCCCAAAUCCUACUACGCAGACGCGUCGGUGCCGACCGCCAUUUUGGACGAGCUGAGCAGCGAGACCAGCAGCCUGGUCCAGAACCACCUGAAGCAGCGCGAGGCGGAGCGCGAGCCGCCCCCCUACCACCCCGACCCGGCCCAACUGCACCCCGCCAUCCGCGUGGCCGACCUGCUGCAGCACAUCACGCAGAUGAAGUGCGCCGAAGGAUACGGCUUCAAGGAGGAGUACGAGAGUUUCUUCGAGGGCCAGUCGGCGCCUUGGGACUCAGCCAAAAAAGACGAAAACAGGAUGAAGAAUCGCUACGGCAACAUCAUCGCCUACGACCACUCGCGCGUGCGUCUGCAGCCGCAGGAUGGCGAGAAAGGCUCCGACUACAUCAACGCCAACUACGUGGACGGCUACCACCGCCCCAACCACUACAUCGCCACGCAAGGUCCCAUGCAGGAGACCAUGUACGACUUCUGGCGAAUGGUGUGGCAGGAGAACACGGCGGCCAUCGUCAUGGUAACCAACCUGGUGGAGGUGGGGCGGGUGAAAUGUUGCAAGUACUGGCCCGACGACAGCGACAUCUACGGCGACGUUUCCGUCACGCUGAUGGAGACGCAGCUGCUGUCGGAGUACGUCGUCCGAACCUUCGCCGUGGAGAAGAGGGGCGUGGCCGAGAUCCGGGAGAUCCGGCAGUUCCAUUUCACGGGCUGGCCCGACCACGGGGUGCCGCUCCACGCCACCGGACUGCUGGGCUUCAUACGCCGCGUUAAGGCCAAGACGCCGUCGGCCGCGGGGCCCACCGUGGUGCAUUGCAGCGCUGGAGCGGGUCGCACGGGCUGCUUCAUGGUGAUCGACAUCAUGCUGGACAUGGCGGAGCGCGAGGGCGUGGUGGACAUCUACAACUGCGUACGAGAGCUGCGAGCGCGACGGGUCAACAUGGUCCAGACCGAGGAGCAGUACGUCUUUAUCCACGACGCCAUCUUGGAGGCGUGUCUCUGCGGCGACACCUCCGUCCCCGCCAAUCAGCUGCGUUCCGUCUACUACGACGUCAACCGGCUGGACCCGCAGACCAACUCCAGUCCCAUCAAGGAGGAAUUUAGGACGCUGAACAUGGUGACGCCGACGUUGCGCGUAGAGGACUGCAGCAUCGCCCUGUUGCCGCGCAACCACGACAAGAACCGCUGCAUGGACGUGCUCCCUCCUGACCGAUGUCUGCCCUUCCUCAUCACCAUGGACGGCGAGAGCUCGAACUACAUCAACGCCGCGCUCAUGGACAGCUACAAGCAGCCGUCGGCCUUCAUCGUCACGCAACAUCCCUUGCCCAACACCGUCAAGGACUUCUGGCGUCUGGUCCUGGACUACCACUGCACCGCCGUCGUCAUGCUCAACGACGUGGACCCCGCGCAGCUGUGUCCUCAGUACUGGCCCGAGAACGGCGUCCAUCGUCUGGGCUCGCUGCAGGUGGAGUUUGUGUCGGCCGACCUGGAAGAGGACGUCAUCAGCCGCAUCUUUCGAAUCUACAACAACGCUAGGCCCCAAGACGGCUACCGCAUGGUCCAGCAGUUCCAGUUCUUGGGCUGGCCCCGGUACCGGGACACGCCGGUCAACAAGCGCUCCUUCCUCAAGCUGCUCCACCUGGUGGACAAAUGGCAGGAAGACUACGACGGCGGCGACGGACGCACGCUCGUCCACUGCCUGAACGGCGGGGGGCGCAGCGGCGUAUUCUGCAGUGUCAACAUUGUGUGCGACAUGUUGCGACAACAGCGUAGCGUGGAUGUUUUUCAUGCGGUGAAAACUCUGCGAAACAACAAACCCAACAUGGUGGACCUUUUGGAACAAUACAAGUUUUGUUACGAAGUGGCUCUGGAGUAUUUGUCUUCGGCGUAGAGGACGGCGGCGACACGACAGGGCGUCCUCACCCUCCGAGCUCCUAUGCCGCUGCUGCUGCUGCUGCUGCAGGACAAAAACGACGAGCACGACUACUGACCGAGGAAAGAUGUUGAGGACGUGUUUUGCACUGACAAAGUUCAAACACACACAUUUGUCUAUUUGUUGUGUGUUUCGUGCGGAGAAAGCCUUUCCCCCAAUGUAAUUUUUGGUUCCAAGGACUUGAAGACUGCGUGAUAGACGGCGACAGACGUCCAAUCCAUUCGGAGACCCGACCGGACGGGACGUGCGUAAAAUGCCAAAAGCCGUCUUGAUUUUGGGGAGCCAGAGAGUUUGCUAUUUUGUACAUAAAAAUGCAACAAAGCCACUAUUUAUUCUUCCUUGUGCUUAUGAAGCAUGCAGACACGUCUGGUGCUGAUCUGUUCAUUGUAUUUAUUGAAAAGUUGUGUUGUUUGCUCCGUAGAUACCAUCAUUAAAGAAGUGGAUAUGUUCAAAGUUUUGCUCGUGCCUUGACUGAGGCAGAUGCUUGAAAAAUGACGUCGUGUAUUAAACGCAACAAUGAAUCGGAGGAAACGGCAAAACAACCUUACUGUUGAAUGACUCGCCUGGCUUGAUUCAAUGAAUUUCCCGAUUCGUAAUAUGACCUCAUUGGCAGCCGUUGAAGGUAUACGCACAAGUUAAUGCAUGGAAAACAUCUUCAAAAAUCAACAGAGUCAUUUUUAUGGGCCGCCAUUUGCAGCCUCAAUAGCGUACCGCACAUAACAUUGCUCAUAAAUAUUCAUGAUGUUAGCAACUGUUGCUAGGGGAGUCCAACUCGUGUUUGUCCUUCAUGCUAGAUGCAUGUAAAUAGUGUACGAAGCAGAUGUUUACUGAGCUAAACCUACCAAUUCUGUCUGAAAAUGACACCAAAUUCACUGGUAAAGAUGUGGAAGAACAUACAAAUGUUCAGUUAAGAGAUGGCUUGAGUGUCGAGGGCUGAAAAAGAGCCGACCUGAUCCAGAGUUAGCUUUUUUUAUCGACGCCUUUUUCUUGUGUGCAGUGCCUUACGCCACUGACCAUGACAUUCACCUUUUUCAACAAGCUACCUAUUUCCAACAUAUGCCCCGACUUUCUUAUGUUUUAUUUUCUCUGGUUGUCGUAUGUCUCCGAGUAUUCUUGGGGGUCAUUUAUAUUGCUAUUUUUGUGUAGCGAUCGCAAAUGCUACUUAGUGGAAGCCAACGAACACUUCAUUUUUUCAUGAAUAACAAAUCUUAUUCUAUUCAUUUAUUUACACUUCCCCCAUACUAAGGUUGUUUCUUUAAAACAGAAAGUUGUUCAUCUAAAGCCUACCUGAAGACAUGAACAGGCAAACUACAAAAAGACCAUGGCUAAUUCAUUUAAAUAUCCGUAUUUUAGAAAAAUAGCGAUAUAGAAAUGUCAAAGCAGUAGUACACCCUACAAGUAACUAGGUACACACACAAAACCAAUUCUUAAUUCAAAAUGCCACGCCAAAAAAGAAGUCAAAAUAUCAAUAUGGCUUACCUCUUCGGAGCAGGAUUGUCGAUCUGUAGGACCAUGGCCCCCAACAGAAUGUUUACUGCAUAUGAAGGUGAAAAAAAUCUUUACUGUACAU